AUGGUUUACACAUCAAUAACCCCAGCUGCCCUUUGUCCAAUCAUUCUACUCGGCCUCUCAAAGCAUAUCUAUGCACAAACGUUGCAGGGCUGCGCAGCCGUCGACUGCCCCAAUCGCUACGUGGACAUGCUCUCGCCAACAUGUCAGGUCGAGUCGACGGAUAUGAGACUUGUCGGCUUGUUAUCCACUGAGUCGCAACUUGCCCAAACUGACCUGACUUGGACAAUCGGUGACUCUGGGCUACAAAGCACUAUCCAAGGCGACGAAAGAACAGUCACACGGUCCUUUUACCUAGGAACACCGGAAAAGCUCGAUCUGACUUCGUCGGAUCUUGCGUUCAAAGGAUGCGCAAUCUUCAUCAUAUCACCCGAAACUGGAGCAUACCAAGUCUAUGACCAGGGAGCUUCACAAUACGUCAACACUGCCUCUUGUGUUGGCUCAUUGGGCGAAACUUGCGUCGGCGACUUGACUGCCAGGGUUGAGCAGUUGGCCCGGCUCAGUUCGGAAUCAAAUGCAUAUACCUUCUGCAGGAACAUCGCAGACGCCCUCCAAGAGACUCCACCAUCCAGCUGCUACAUCCUUAGCCAGAAGCCUCGCAUAGAAGCAGUCGUGUUGACGGGAUCCAGUGCUCCAAAGACCAUCACCUUGGGUGAGAACAGCACAAGCAACUGUUGGCCCACGUUGCCAAAGACGAAUGAUCUGACCAAAGUGUUCGAACACGAUCAUGUCGCUCAACUGAAUGAGACGGUGCCUUGGCUAGGAUACACGCCAUUGAUUACUGUUCUUGCCCCUUUUGACAACAUCACGGAAAGCGAGGUGGAAGUGAAUCUGACGUGCAUGAAGAUUGUGGAUUCCGACGACUUCAGCGCGAGUACAGAGACAAAUGGGACCGGUACAGCAGACCGGGAAGGAGACGCCAAUUCAAUCAGGUGUGAUAGCUCGACAUUCGUUGCGUUUUUGAUGGCCGUUUGGCUAGUGGCCUCGAUAUGA